AUGAGGAGUGAGUCCAGGGACAGUGAAGACGGUGACGAUACCGCUCUCACGGACUUUUGCGUCAUGUUAGACCCAUACGGUGACGAGUACAACCCCGUAAGGGAGAAUCGUGUUCUCCCUGCGGGGCUUUCGAUGGAAUUUCUCGUACAGCUUUCGAUAGAAUUUCUCGUGGAGAUUUUUCGUGUAGUAUUAGAUCUGGAUUUUGGAGUUUCAGAUGGUGAGUUUGGUCCGGAUGACGCUGUCUCUGACUUGGAGGACGUUUUUAUGGACGAUACUGGCCCCCUUGUUGUGCCCCUGGUGGGUGCCGGUGACACUUCCACCCACCUUGUGGAUGCUGUCGCCGUCCCCAUGGAUAUUCAUUUUGGCGCCCGACGCUCGCCACCCCCGCCGCCGACACUCCGAGUGAAUGGGAAGCGUCGACGUCUCAACGACGUGGACGAUGCUGACGCACGCAAGCUGGCCGAGCUCCUGUUGCUCGUGGAUGAGGACGAGGCUGGGAAUCCUCAAUCGGCGCUCCAGGCUACCCGCAGUUAG